AGUUAUUUUCCAAAUCCUUGAAAGACAUGUAACAUAUGCGCCAGAAACGCUCUUAUUUUGUAAACAUUCGACCGGCGGGGCACUGGAGUAAAUAGGCAAGCAAUGCCCGGCAGACGGCAGCAUCAAGCGCCCCCAAAAGAUAGCGUCGCAUCCAGCAGCCACGACGAUCUCACGGCUGGGGGUCGUGACAUGCCGUGCCGGCCGUUCCGUGUGCGGCCAGAGGCACGGAAGAUCUGGCAGCAGCACACCGGUGGUACGGUGGGGUUCCUGCUGGGUCAGCCUUCCCCACCGGCCGCAGUCGCUCCAGGCCUCCCUUCUGUGACAGCAGGUGGUACCGAGUGUGUCAACGCUCGUGAAAAACUACGGACCAAUCGCAGCCACGGUCGUCACAGCGGCGGAGGACGACAGCCAAUGAGAGCUCUGCCCAUCAAUGGCGUCACUGAGGAAGCGCUCAGUCACUCCAAGUCAUCAUCCUCAGCUGCGUCGUUCGUGGCCAGCCCCGGCUCUCCGCGCCGUCACAUUGACCUGGGUCAGCUGAACGGUGACCUCUCGGCAGUCGAGGGCGUGCGUGGGGUCAGGGUCAUCUCGCCAGGCAGGCAGCACGUGCCGGCUGAAAACGGAAGGUUUCCUUCACCGGGUGAAGGGAUAACUUCACCAAAGGAAGGAUUUCGUGUGUGUGAUGAAGGGAUUCCUUCACCGCGUGGCUUUCGACGGGUGUCUUCGUCUGGUGAUAUCGGUUCCGGGAGCUUGUCUUCAGGAGCAACUUUGACUUCUUCUGCAGCUGACUUGAAUCAGUACCAGAUGCAUGCUGCAUCAGCUGCAAGUCGGCACAAUCAUUCAGGGAGCGUGAUGAACAAUAACCAAUCUACCAGGACCCUCAACGGCGAUCGGCUGUCUUCGCCUUUCGAUGAUGAAGGAAUCCCUUCACGAAACCGGACCCGCGAAGCAUUCCCUUCACACGCCACAAAUGGCGAGAGAUUUCCUUCAUCCCACACCAACGGCGGUGAAGGAAUUCCUUCACUCUCCUCGGCACCGUCGUGGCCUGACCGAACUCAUAACGGAGACGGAGGCGGCGACGUUGAAGACAAUCCUACUCGCUCUGUUCGCCUCAACAUACCCAAUGGAAACAUAUCAGACCGCUCAUCUGAAAGCGACCUGCGUCGUGAGCGAAUCAGAGCGCUCAUCGGUAGUUUACGGCGGUCACCAACAGAUGGCAGCACACGCGAGUUGACCUCUGAAGUCCGUCAGCUGUAUUCUUCUAGCCGACAGGACAUGUCAAGGGGGGCAGCGUCGACAGGAAGGGUAUCUGAGCCUCCCGUGACGAGGUUCAGUGAUGAAACCCGACUCAGUUUCCGAGAACAGGCGUUAGAGCGAGCGAAAGCACCGUACCGAGCGCCAUCUAUUGUCAACAGUCGGAAGUUCAAGUCAUCUGAGACGCUACGAGAUGGUGCUGCCGCUCGUGCUGCGCCUGAAGCACCCAACCGUCUGCUCAACAAGCGGAAGUCGCAAAGUGUGACGAAACUGGCGCGUGCUGGAGACGAGCACGGCGCGAUGCGAUCAGGUGACAAACGUGGCGUGGUGUCGACAAGAAAUGACGCAGCAUCACGUGUGGCGCCCAUCUCCCAUCCACCACCCAUCGACGAUUCUCCAAACCCUACCAAUACCUCAUCCAACCAUUCUCCCUCUCACACUCCCGGCAAGACAGCACCGGGUUCUCAUCCCUCCUCACAAGAGUCAUCAGAGACACCAAAAGACUUUGUGAGACUGAACCGUCGAAUGGCCUCCCAGCGGUCACGAAGAGCUAGGAGUGUACCCCGGCGUGGGGAGGAGGCGGCGGUAGUGAAGCCCAAGACGCAGCCCGGAUCUCUGCCCAGAUACUUAGUCCGUCGUCAACAGCAGUGGGCAGACGAAGAGCGAAGACGGAUCGAGUCAGCCCCCGACCCGGCCUGUCCCCCGGGACAUAUUCGGAUGGCAGACGGGGAGAGGCUACAGACGCUCGAUGUGCUCAAAGAGAAUCACGUGACGCUGCUCUCGGAACUCCGUUCGCUCCCCAUCGCCCAUACUUCGUCUCGUCUGGUAGCACAGCGGGCAGAUUUAGAGCGGCAGCUUCAGAAAGUGGAGGAAGGCAUCAGGAUAUUCAGCCGACCCAAGGUCUUCAUCAAGAACGAUGCGUGAGGAUGAAGGGAUACCUUCAUAGCGUGAAGGAAUUCCUUCGUUCUGUGAAGGGAUUUUUUUCGUGCGAAAUGCUAGGAUUAUGUAGUUUCGGGCGCCUCAUACGUUUGUUGAUUCCCCUUUCAUCAUUGAAGGGUAAUGAGAAUUUGUUGGAAGUUGGGUUAUGUCCAUGGUGUAUAAAUAUUUAAUUAAACAGAACAAGACAUGGGGUACCCAUAAGAUUAGUUACGAUCUCGUUUCCAUACCAAAGAAGCAGGUCCCAGUCAGCUCGCCCCAGGCGACGUUUCGUUAGUGUCUAUGUGUUCGGUGGAUAGUAUGAUGUCGUUCAUUUCUCUAAAGGCUAUUGGUCUCUAGUGUUUCAUUCACUGCUCGGGCAGUUCAAGUUUAGACAUUACGUACCAGUAUGUGAUAAGGACUUUGCCCAAAUUCAUAGUUUAUCUAUCGGCAGGACGUCACAUUAUCAUCACCUGGAUGUUCUUUCGUUUUGCUUUUUUACAUAACAUCUGAUCGCAGAGUCCAUAGGAGGUUUCAAUUAUCAUUACCAUACUACGUUUAUGGUAAUUAACAUGAAACUAAGAUACCUGAACCUGGCCUUGACCUAGGUACUUGAUUGGAAACCAAUUGCAAAGUGCCUCAUCUUCUUGGAAAUGGCGCACAAGAGAAGCACAAUGAACCUUAGAAGAUGUCCACUUCUUAUAACUGCCUAACACAUUGUCCAUGAUAUUUGUUGCUAUGUCAUCCAAAAAAUGUUAUUCAUGUUCUAGUUAAUUAGCUUUAAUUUCAUAAAUAACUCGUGUCACAUAGUGAACGUUUUGUUGUGUGCAAGCAAUCAAUCGGCAAGCAUCACAGCUGUGCACUUGCUUGUUGACUAAGUUACUUCACAGUCACCUGUCGUAUAUUUAUUGCACUCGGUCGAUAAUAUGUGACGUAGAUUUCACAAUCGCACAGUGUCGUAAAGCGAACGUAUAUCGUAAAUACGUACAACCUUAUCGGGUAUGUGUGGGGCACUAUUUUCAAAGAAGAAGCAUGUUCCUACCCUGCCACUGUUUGUAAGGUCGUGAAUGUACCGUCUUGUCAGUGCAACUUCAGCCUUAAUGUCAGUAGUAGAUAGAAACCUCGCUCCAAAUGGCUCAAAUAUCAAUUUAACUAUCCACGUGCAAAGAUUUGGCUCGCCAUAACACUGAAAGUCUAGCAUUAUGGGCAACAUUUCCAGAAAAAGUACGAUAUAACGGAAGCGAUCCCCUGGCGUGCUGAUAGUCUGACCCCAAUUCCACUACAUUGAAUGCUGUUAUUAGUCUCUGGCAAAGCUGACAUGUAGUGAAAUGAAUUGCGGACCGUCUUGUGGGUGUGUGAAGUUGAGCUGCGCGCUAGAGAUUGGGAAGUAUGUGACGAUAUUCGCGUGGCACUUAUCUAUUGAAAUGGCCACAUUAUUCGUGCGUAUGGUACAAAGUGUCGCAUGAGUCGCGUGUUCACAAUAAAACGCACAUUCCACCUU